AUAAAAAACCUUCCUCGGAGAAAUAAACAUCGGUUUUACCUCAAUAUACAUUUAUCGAUCAAAGCAGAAGAACGCACUCAGAGGGCAGCCGUUUACACGCGAAGUCCCUCACCACUAAGAGAAAACGAUAAAAGGAGCAAACAAAAGUAUGGCAGCAAGAAGUGGAUCUACAAAUGCUCCUGAAAAAAAGUCAAGCAAGCUCGAGAAUGAACUACCAGCUUUUAGUCCAGAAAACCUCCAGAAUAACAUGAGAGUUAUUUAUUACAGCCGCACCUUCUUGUCCAUUAUGGCUGGCGUGGUUGCAGGAAUCUUGGGACUUACCGGUUGGAAGGGUUUUAUAUUCUACUUCAUGAUCAUGAUUCUUACUUCUCUUGGGGUCGUCGUGAAAUCCAAAUUUGAUAUUCAUGAAUACUUUGACUCGUGGAAUCGUGUUAUAUUGGAUGGAAUAUCUGGUGGACUUAUGUCAUUUGUUCUCUUCUGGACAUUUGCUUAUGAUAUUGUGCAUAUAUUUUGAAGCAUCUGUGUUGCUAUCACAUUACGAAAGUGCAUGACUUGCAGCAGUAAGCUGAAGGAUUUAUUUAAGCUUAAGGAUUUAUUCUAUCGACACAGUUUUGUCUGAAGCAUAUGCGCAGAGUGGGAAUUUUUUGUAACCUUUUAUAUUGGAUAAUGGAAAGUGGAGUCUGCAGUUUUUCUUGGCAGAUUAUUGUGGGUACUAGUAUAAAGAUGCACGUUCUGUCCUUUUGUAGUCACCUAAAAGUAUGCCCCAAUCUGAAAAAAGAUCACAGAUUUUGCUUGGAAGGAUGAAUAUUUUACAAAUUACCUAUAUCCAUUUUUCUGCAGAUGCAUUAUUAUUAGUUUUUCAUUGACCACAGGUAAACAUUCCAAAUCAUAAAAACUGAAACUGAGAGUUCGAAGUGAGUUUUUACAUCAUCAUUUUGACUACUUAAAAUUGAUUUCAAGGUUUUUUCUUUCUUACC